UAUAAAGUGAUUGUGGAAAUUUGAAGGUGCUAUGUCCAUAGUUUACACAAAUAAUUAACAAAUGAUGUGACUGUUGAUAGACAACACACUACCCGAUCUGAGAUAGCAUAUUAUUUUGACCAAGUUUAAUCGGACAACAUUAACAGGUGGUUUCUACUUGAACUGCUGUCUUCAAAAUUGCCGAGAAAGAAAGUGCCACCGUCGAGGGCAAAGAAUUUGGAGGUGGGAGAGUGCAGCGGCCGCCCCACAACCGCAAAAUGGCGACCGUCGCAACCAGCCUGGCCCCUCCGGCCCGUCACGUUCAACUGUACAAAAAUGGCGACAAGUUCUACCCUCCGAAGAGAGUUAUUGUCAACUUCAAACACACCAGGACUAUGGAUGCUUUUCUGGAUAAUCUCACGACGAGGGAAAAACCUGCUUUUGGUGCAAUUCGCAAACUGUACACCCCGGUCCAAGGCCACUCGGUCAAGUCGUUGGACUCGUUGGAGGACAACAAAGUUUAUGUUUUCAGCGGUCCAGGAAGAUUUGUGGAUUUAAAAUACGGUUCACUCGGAGGAAACGACAGAAGAAAAAGACUAACACAGCAGCGGCCCAUCCAUCCAGUUGGUCACAGCAAUAUCCGAGUGUCAGCAAAAUACAUCAAGAGGCAAGAAGGACCAAAAGUUGUGUACGUUUUCCGCAAUGGGGAAGACCUCAACCCCGCAGUGAGAGUUUUACUGCACAAGAGCCAACAGGCCAGCAUGCUGAAUAUACUAGAUCAUAUCACCAACAAAGUCGCACUUACUAAUGGCGCAGUCAGAAAAUUGUACCACAUGUCCGGUAAGCUAGUAGCUGAUGGAACUGAACUUGAGAAUGAGCAUUCCUACGUAGCUGCCGGCAUAGAGAAGUUCAAGAAACGAGGCUACGACAAACAAAACCAGCUGCAGAAUUCACCAAGAAAUAAAAGAGUGCUUCCACCUGUGACUAGGAGACCUCCACCAAAAGCAAAACCAUCUCCGCCCAGAGACACAAACACAAAGAAGCCGGCCCAGCCCCGUGAGCCCAAACCCCCUCCACCAAAGCAGGAAACUGCCCGCAAGCCACCGCCGCCCAGACAGGCACCCGUCCAAGAGAAGCCCAAGAGGCGACCCAAGCCUGAGAAGACUGCCGAACAGAAGGAGGCAGAGACGGUAUUCCAUCACAAGCCGGCAAUGGUCAAAAGAAGUCGGGAAAAGGAAGACAAGGGAUCUUUGGAUUAUAACGAUCCCAACAGUGUAUUCAAAGCGUCGGAUCAGCAGAAGGACACAGAGCCAGCCGACGAGGUUGAGGAAAACAAAGAAACCGCAGUGGACCUUCCUAUCGACCAGAUCGCAGCCGAGGAGGUCGACGAGGAAGAUUUCCAGGAGCAACCUCGCGAGGCGACACCACCACCACCCAGGGAGGCUACACCACCCCCUCGAGAGCCCACACCUCUGAGGGAGCCCACACCCCAGAGAGAACCCACACCUCCUCGGGAACAAACACCCGUCCUUGACCCGACCCCAGAGUUGGAGCCGACUCCGGAACCUGAACGUGAACCAACUCGGGAGCUUGACCCUACUCCCGUACCCGAAGAGCGUGAGCCGACGCCACAACGUGAGGCUACGCCGCCUCUCUCAGCGACCCCGCCAGCUGUAGAAUCGCAACCUCCGAAUCAAGAGCAGGAAAGCGCCCCAGGAGAGGCGAGCCAAGAUCCUAUCCAGGAUGAGCAACCAAAGAAUAAAGAAGUUGAAGAUGACGACGGCCAGUCCUCCCCACUGCAAGUCUCAACUCCACUCAACACCCCUGAGGUACCCCAGGAGAUAACCCCAAGUCCCUCACCAACUUCUCAAUCCCAGUCAUCAUCAUCAUCUCCUUCUCCCAGAUCCACAACUCCCCAACAAUCCUCUCAAAUGCAAACUCCACCGUCUGAGGCGUCCCCGCCCCCAUCUCUCCCAGCUCAAGUCACCUCGUCCCUCGACAACCCACCACAAAGUACCACACCUGUAGCAUCCCCUCCGGGAUCCCCUUCACCAAGCAAGUCGCCGCCCGCAUCUCCGGCAGCCCCCCCCUUCCCCGACCAGUCUGCCACACCCUCUCCCGUCCAGUCUGCCACACCCUCUCAUGUCCCGUCUGCUACCCAGGGUCAAAGGUCACCCACUCCGACCCCUCUCAGUCCAGCAAAAACCAACAGUGCAUCAAGCACUCCGCCAAGUUCUCCUCCAGUGGCUGCAGCUCUUGAAGAAACACCACAAGACAACGAAGAGGACAACGAGAUUACAGUCGACGACAAGAAAAUAGAAAAUGGUCACAAUGAAGUCGCUGAAAAGGACACCUUAGAGGACAGUGAACAAGAUGACGGCCAAGACAAACCCGAAGAUGUUAUCAAUCCGAAUCCUAAUGAAGAUGUACAAGCAAAAGAUAAAGAUGAAGAAACAGGCGGAGUCAAGGAGCAUCAGGAAGAGAGUGCCACUGCACAGGAAGAAGAAAAUCAAGAAGAUAUCGUCCCAGAGGCAACUGAACAAGAUGAAGCCGGUGAAGCGGAACAGAGCAGAGAUAAGGAGAACAUCUUAGAAGAGCAGCUCAAUGACCUUGACUCCCAAGACGACAAAGAAAUUGAAGAUGCUGUGGAUGCAAUAGUGGAAGAAGCGAAGAAAGAUGUCGAAACCGGCGAAGAUAAAAGUCCUCAGGGUAACACGUCCCCGGGUGCGCUUGAGAAACCUAAUGAAGCGGACAUUCUCUUCAUUGAUGACGAACCGCCUCCGCCUGAGUUGAUGAAAGUGGACGACAACCUCACAUCUCCGGACAAGAACGAUAAUCUAGAGAAAGAUCAGGAGGGGGACGUCGAGCCAGUGCAGUCUCCGACGCUGAGGGAGGACUCUGGGAAAGACACCGACUCGGGAAUCAAAUCGGAAGAGCCGCCGAUUCAGAACGGGGAUUUAGAGAGGUCUCCGCCGCCAAAAUUUACCCCCACCCCUCCGAAGACCCCUCGCAAGAGUCACACACGAUCGCGUCCCACUUCGCGUCAGAGCAAUUUCGUCAACGGUUCUCAAGAAAAUGAUACUAGCGUUGAACCGGCCACUGCAUGAGGCACAAAAUUGUGACACUGAGCUAAAGAAAUUUUAAAGAUGUGAAUCAUUGUUCUUGUAGGAAAUUUGGUCGUCCUUUUUGGACUUGUUUAAAAAAAAAAAAAAAAAGCAAAGAAAGACCUUUAACUUGUUAUGUCUGUCUUGUGACGGUAUUGCCAAGGUGUUUUUUUGUCUUUGUUUAUGUUGUGAUAUUUCUCUAUUUACUCGUUGUCACGGUGUUCAUUGCACAUGUAAACAGGUAAACAGCAGACUGAUUGUAAACAAAAUGUCAAAAUAGUGAAAACGAACAUCCUUCAAAUGUUCCCGGAAAUUAACUUUUCCAGUUGUGAAUAGUUCAUCUUGAAAAGAAACCAUAAAGAUAUUUGAAUGGUUAAUUGUAUAGACUUUACUCAUAUAUUUUUUAAAUAGUAGAGAGAACCGGGAAGAUGAUAAACUUUAACUUUUGCCAUACAGCUAAAAUGGCAGCCCACAUGAAUUGCCUCCAGCUGAUACAUGUAUGUAUGCACAGCUGCAGGCACAGCAUUCUUGGGUCUUAUUGCUAUGGUUUCACUUGGAAAUUGUCCGCUACUCUCCAGGGCCAAAUUUCAAAAAGCUGUUAAGCAGAAAAUACUGCUUGGCACAUUUUUUUUUAAGCAACA